AUGUCGGCUCCAGAUGCCUCCAACAAGGCAUUACCAGCCCCAUCUUUGGCUCCUAUUGCCUGUCCUGAUCAGGAACGACGCAGUCAGAUUGUCCUCAAACUCGUGGCAGAGAACGCCAGACUGAAUCCGGAUGGCGUUGGAGCUCUCUUCGACCUUGCUAAGAAAGAGGUACUCCGACAACUGGUGGCUUCCAACAAGGCGCCGCCCGCUAUCUCAGAAUCAUACUGCUCCUGGCUGGCCGAGAAGAUGAUCUGGACGCGCUUCGUUCCUCACGAGACAUUUUCCUUCGUGGAACCACAGCUUUCUCCCGGUCUCUUCCUGCAGCCAUCGGCGGAAUAUGCCGCCGCCCUCAUGCGCAACCUUAGAAAGCGAAGAGAACUGGUGCUCCAAGCUGCUCCAGUAAACCCGACCGAGCCAAAUUCGAAAUGGCGGUUCAAGAAGAUCGGAACUCCAAUCCAGCGGAAAGAGAUCAUGAAUUUUCUCUUGCACCAGGACUCGCGGCCUGCUGUUACCAAGACAAGACAUCUGACGAUCAGGAGUCCCUUUAGCCUCACACUUCACAACAGUCUGUGGAACAACAAUCCCGGUCAGCUCAAAAGAAUUCUGCACGAAUCACAGAAACUUCCGGCUGUAUUGAGCCCCUGGGGCCGUGAUUCACCCUUGCAACUGGAGGUUACUAGCUCGGCCUUAGCUCGUGGCUUUUUGGAAGUUGUCAUACUGCUUGCUCAAAAACCACAAGAGAGAAUAGGCAGCACUUUAUUUGAGCAUUACGUCGCAGGAUACAUGUUACUGCUCAAAUGGUAUCUCCACAUUUGCUGCCAAACUCAGGAUAAGGACUCGGUUGGCGUCAACCUAUUUGGUGCCGUUACAUAUCAGCGUGAGAAGACGUUGGGUCACCCGUUCGAUGAAGCCUACCGUUGGGUGGACAAUCCCAUUGACCUCAAAGUCAUGCAUGAGCAAUUUGCCCUCGCAGACGCCUCGCUAUGGCUGGACUGGCAGAGAGUAGCCGAGACCGCAUACUCGACGUCUGAGAUUACAAAGGCAAAGACAUUUGAGGAAGCGAAAGCAGUCAUAUACAAAACUGCGGACAACGACUCCAUGUCAGGGAUCAAGAGAGAGCACGCCCUGCUAUUACUUCACGAGAUCUGGCAGCGCAGGGGUUCGUUCCUCGAUCGGUUCGAAAUAGAGAAAGAGUACGAUCGACUCGUGACAGACUACCUCCUUCCGGACGUCGUCUCCACACUCGACAACUUCUUUGAAAUCAACGAAAUGCCAGAGAAGAUGUGUGAGUGGGCAGCAGCAAAUCCGUUCGAGAUCAAACGGAAGGACACUGACCAAUUAUGCGAGCUUAUGUGGAGGGCAUGGCGGCAGCUUACGGCGGGCUUUGAGGAGAAACAAAAGAGGAUUCUCUUUGUGUAUCAAGUUCAGCAUAUUCGAAAAAUGUACCGAGAAUAUCUCGCUGAGCUCAAGCUCUAUAGCAAGGGGAUGAAAGAGUUGAGAGAAUUUGUGUGCAAGAACGAAGCGCACUUCCUUCUGUCGGAAGAAAUUCGUUGGCAAUUGGCUCUUGACGAGUAUGAGAAGCAGUUUCAGGCUCCGGCACUUGAUGUGUGCCAAAAGGAGGGUGAGAAGGAGAUCGAGGCUUCCCAGAAUGGCAAGAAGGAGAAAGAUGCCGAGCAGGCGCAUAGUGAAAAUGGGGCCGCGCCCCCUGAAUAA